ACAAACACAAAAACUUGUUGAACUUCGUUUGUGAAAACAAAAGAAUGGAGGAGGACUACUAUAUGAUCCUGGGCGUGGACCACAACGCCACCGACGAGGAAAUCAGACGGGCCUAUAAACGAAUGGCACUCAUUUACCAUCCGGAUAAGAAUAAACAUCCACGAACGACGGCUCAAUUCCGGAAGAUCAACGAAGCAUUUAAUGUCCUGUCAGAUGCGUCGGCCAGGAGGAAAUACGAUGCAUCCGUUAUGCUUAGUAGGCGUGCGCAUACAACGAAUAAUUCUCAUAAUUCGGGGGGUUACCAGCCAAACGGAUCCUACGAAAGAGAAAUGAAAACCUCGGACACAUUUUCCACUGUGUGUGCCGUGGGCGGUGUGCUGGUGGGUCUUUUUCUUGGAUUCGGAGCUUUCAAGGCAUUAAGCGGAUCGAAUAAUAAUCAUUAGGUAAUACACCAAGUCUAUACAGU